CUAACUGCCUAGCCAGCUUGCGUCACCGCCUCAGAGCGGAGAAGAGCGAGCUGGGGAGAGUGAGACCAGUUUGAAGGGGAGGAUCGGUGCGAGUGAGGCAGACCCCGAGGCUCUGCUCGCCCACCGCCCAAUCCUUGCCCCUCUUCUGCUCCACCUUCUCUCUGCCCUCACUUCUUCCCCGAACCCCCCUAUUUAGCCACAGGAAGGAGAUCGGGGGAACCCUUUCCCUUCCCCUUCCAAAAAACAAAAAAACACAUUUCCAGUCCGGAGAAAGUAGGGGAGAGGGGGGUCGCCGGGCUGGCCAUGGAGCUGCUGUGCUGCGAGGUGGACCCGAUCCGCAGGGCCGUGCGGGACCGCAACCUGCUACAGGACGACCGCGUCCUGCAGAACCUGCUCACCAUCGAGGAGCGCUACCUUCCGCAAUGCUCCUACUUCAAGUGCGUGCAGAAGGACAUCCAGCCCUACAUGCGCAGGAUGGUGGCCACCUGGAUGCUGGAGGUCUGUGAGGAACAGAAGUGCGAAGAAGAGGUUUUCCCUCUGGCCAUGAAUUACCUGGACCGUUUCUUGGCUGGGGUCCCGACUCCAAAGUCCCAUCUGCAACUCCUGGGUGCUGUCUGCAUGUUCCUGGCCUCCAAGCUCAAAGAGACCAGCCCGCUGACUGCAGAGAAGCUGUGCAUUUACACUGACAACUCCAUCAAGCCUCAGGAGCUGCUGGAGUGGGAGCUGGUGGUGCUGGGGAAGUUGAAGUGGAACCUGGCAGCUGUCACUCCUCAUGACUUCAUUGAGCACAUCUUGCGCAAGCUGCCUCAGCAGCGGGAGAAGCUGUCUCUGAUCCGAAAGCAUGCCCAGACCUUCAUCGCUCUGUGUGCCACCGACUUUAAGUUCGCCAUGUACCCACCGUCGAUGAUCGCAACUGGAAGUGUGGGAGCAGCCAUCUGUGGCCUCCAGCAGGAUGAGGAAGUGAGCUCGCUCACUUGCGAUGCCCUGACUGAGCUGCUGGCUAAGAUCACCAACACAGACGUGGAUUGUCUCAAAGCCUGCCAGGAGCAGAUUGAGGCGGUGCUCCUCAAUAGCCUGCAGCAGUACCGUCAGGACCAGCGCGAUGGAUCCAAGUCGGAGGAUGAACUGGACCAAGCCAGCACCCCUACAGACGUGCGGGAUAUCGACCUGUGAGGAUGCCAGUCGGGCGGGAAGAGAGGCACACUCAUAAUCUGCUCUCUCCUUCUUUCUGGUUAUGUUUUGUUCUUUGUGUUUUAGGGUGAAACUUAAAAAAAAAAUUCUGCCCCCACCUAGAUCAUAUUUAAAGAUCUUUUAGAAGUGAGAGAAAAAGGUCCUAUAAAAACCGAAUAAUAAAAAGCAUUUGGUGCCUAUUUGAAGUACAGCAUAAGGGAAUCCCUUGUAUAUGCGAACAGUUAUUGUUUGAUUAUGUAAAAGCAAUAGUAAAAUGCUUACAGGAAAACCUGCAGAGUAGUUAGAGAAUAUGUAUGCCUGCAAUAUGGGAACAAAUUAGAGGAGACUUUUUUUUUUCAUGUUAUGAGCUAGCACAUACACCCCCUUGUAGUAUAAUUUCAAGGAAUUGUGUACGCCAUUUAUGGCAUGAUUAGAUUGCAAAGCAAUGAACUCGAGAAGGAAUUGAGAUAAGGAGGGACAUGACGGGGAGGGAGUACAAAACAAUCUCUCAACA